AAUGAAAUGAGGAGAAGCUGAUAUUAACAAACUGUCUGUUUUUGUUUCUUUAAAGACUUUUUUAUUCUUAUAUAAACAAACUCAUCAUUAUGAAAUCAUGACGUAGUAAAUAUUGAUCAGUUAUUGAUGUGGUGGUGGUGGUGGGGGCGGGGGUCGUCACGUGACUCAGUGUUGCUAACAUCAUGGCUGCUGAGGACCUGCCGUCUGAAUUUGACGUCGUCAUUCUGGGUACAGGUAAGGAGACACCUGGUUUUUAACACCCGCUCUGAUCCGGGUCAGGGGUCUGAACGGGUCUCUGUUCGGUCUGGAGUCUUCUCGAACCGGCACUCCAGUUUAAAACGUCCCGAACCGGGACCAGUCUGGGGUAAGUCUGGGCGUUAGCUGGCGGCUAACAGUCCGUUCAUUCUAAACGAGAGCGGCUAGCAGCUAACAGUCAGGUCGGUGUGUUAGCUUUGGUCCGUGUUAAACUGGGUCAGUAUCAGAACUUUGUUCCGGUCCUGUUUGCUCCUGUCUGCAGCGGACCGAACCGAACCAUCAUCGAUCAUAUGAACUGUUUAUUCAGAACCUGAGCUUACACUGCUGUUAGCCUGCUGUGCUAAAGGCUAACAAGCUAAUGAGAGAUGCUGACAGAGUCACGUGAUUUUAUUAUGAUGCCGGAAGUGAGUCUGAAUGUAUGUGAUGAAAUCUACACUCAGUGUUGUUUAUAUGAGGAUCUGUGUUUGUGUGUGUGUUUUAGAUUCAGAAUUUAAUGGAGAUGAUAAUAAACUGCAGUGACUGAGUGUGUGUGUGUGUGUGUGUGUGUGCGUGUCCGUGUCCGUGCGUGUGUGGAUGUAAACAUGACUGAUGGUCAGUGUGAUCAGGGUCCCUGGGCGGUGGGUCGGGGGUCCUCUCCAUCCUAAAUCAUUGAUCAUGUGUGUUCCUGCUGUUGUGGGUCGAUCACGUGGUUCUGGUUCUGGUCCUGUGUUCAGGUCUGGCUGAGUCGGUGGUGGCAGCAGCCUUCUCCAGAGUGGGUCAGAGGGUCCUCCAUGUGGACAGGUCGGUCCCUCCCUCCUCUUAUUGAUAAUAUUGAUCAGUUCACCUCACAGUCCAUGUUUUUACCUGUCUGCAGAGACCUGUCAGUGUUUUCUAUGAACCUCCUCCUCUGUUGUCUGUGUGACAUCACAGACUCGCUCUGACUUUCUUCAUGUUGCACUUGCGUCCUCGUCCUCGUCCUCGUCCCGCCCACCAGAGACACAGAGAGACAGCAGUGUUUACCUGAGGAGAUUUUCAGCAGCGGCGCUUCUCUCUCGCCGCUCAUGGAUCUACGCUGUUCCGUUCACGUUACAUGAUAUUGACGUACUUACUCGCCGUGUUUAAUGUUAGCCUUUACAUUAGUGGAAGAGGGUCUGACAGGAUUUGUGACGCUCUUUAAAGACUCAAAACAAAUCAAAAAUAACGUGGUGUGUUGUUGUUGUGCUCACACUGUGCGAGUAGAAAUCAUUAGUGGCGCAUUGAUAUUAAUGAUCAUGUGAAACUUCAGCAGCAGCGCACGUAUUUUAGCUGCGGCGGUGCGCUGCUGCUGAACGAAUGUUGGGGAAACACUGGACAGUCCUGUCCGUCAGAGCGUCACUGAGGAAAAUGACAGUAACCCUGAAUCUUCACCACAUCUGGAACAACUCCACUGCGGAACGGCGGCGAUUCUUUGGUCCACCAAUUCCUACCAGAUCUGUUUGAGUCGUCUCUCUAAAGACAGACACAUAGACAUAUAAGCAGUAGAUUGUGUCCUUCCAGAGGAGGAAAUCUACUUCUAGACUUCUAGAAUCAGCAUCUCCUCAUCCAUGGUGUCAUCGGGGUGAAAUGACGUCUAAAAACCUUUCACUUGUUCGUCUCCGCCCGUUUGCAUGGUGUGAAAUACGAUCCUCCUGAAACACGGAGUGUUUUAUUUUGAAAAUAAGCCGGAUGUUUUAUUUUGAAAAGAAGCCGGAUGUUUUAUUUGAAUUGAAGUCGACUAAAACUGGAGACGUAGACGGACGACUGUUUUUAUCAUAGGCGUGUUUACGAUCAGACGCCCCCUGCUGGACGUCAGAGAGGAUGAAGUUUGGACCCUGAUUGGUCAAACUCCUGACAGGUGAUGUGUUUGUUUUUUCAGGAGGAGUUAUUAUGCAGCGAACUGGGCGAGCUUCACCUUUAACGGCCUGCUCACCUGGAUACAAGAGAACCAGGUGAGUGUCACUCUGCUCUCUGAUUGGUCGCUCACAUCAGCUUAAUGUCCCUAUGAGGAAAAAACAGACUACAAACAUGAUGUGUGUGUGUGUGUGUGUGUGUGUGUGUGUUGUAGGAGGGGUCUCACCCAGAGGAGGCCCAGGACUGGUCAAGCCUCGUGGAGGAGGGGGAGGAGCUAAUCCGUCUGUCAAACUCAGACUCCACCUCCAUCAGUAAUGUGCAGGUGUUCACUUACACCAGGUGUGUUUGUGUGUGUGUGUGUGUCACUGUGUGUUAGUGUUACACAGCUGUUUCCAGUGGCUGCUCUUUCAAAAUAAAAGCCUUCAGGUGUCUCAUAGAGAGUCAGAGGGUGUUUUUUUCUGUGCUGUGAUGAAGAUUUCGUGACGGUGUUGUUGAUGUUUGUGUCAGUGAGGAAGAUGAAGAAGAAGAAGAAGCUCCAAACACCACAGAAGAAGAAACAGGAGGAGCUGAAGGAGACGCCGUCAAAGAGGCGUCAGAGACAGAGUCUGCAGGUUCGACCGCUUCAAUGAUCAUUUCAUGAAAAACGACUAAAUAUCAGAGACGUCUCUUCAUUUUAGUUUCAUAUUUUUAUUCAAUCACAGUUAAUUUUCACUCUUAAAAUCUUCAGUUUCAUCAAGACUUACAGAAAUACAGAGUCUGUUUUUGUCCACCUUUAGACUCAAAAGAAGAAGAAACGGAGGAGAAACAAGAGGAGACAGCAGAGGGAGGAGGAGGAGGAGAAGAAGAACAGGUGAGCAGGAGGAGAGGAUGAAGAAAAAGAUCAUGAACAGAUUCAAACCUCUGCUGAUCGAUGAAAACACACCUGAACCAUUGAUCCAGUCUGAAGUAUCAAUAAAAAUCUAUACAUGCGUUAUCCAAUCACAUAGGCUCCCAGCACUGAGGGGGAGGAGCCAGAGGCGGAUCAGCCAGCUCCCUCUGCAGCUCAGAGCCAAUCAGAACCAGCGAAGAAGAAGAAGAUCAGCUACACGAAGCUCGUGAAGGAGGGGCGCAGGUUCAACAUCGACCUGGUCUCCAAGGUAACGCCGUGACCUCUUCAGGUGUGUUAGUCUCAUGAACCUGAACCUGUCGCUCACCUGUGUCCUCGCUCUCUUCACCUUCAGCUCAUGUAUUCUCGCGGCUCAUUGGUCGACCUGCUCAUCAAAUCAAAUGUCAGUCGCUAUGCAGAGUUUAAGAACGUCACCAGGAUACUGACCUACCGCAACGGACAGGUGGAACAGGUGAGUCCGACACAAACACUGACCUGUCUGUUACCUGUCUGUUCACCUGUCUGUUACCUGUCUGUUACAUGUCUGUUACCUGUCUGUUUACCUGUCUGUUACCUGUCUGUUUACCUGUCUGUUUUCCUGUCUGUUACCUGUCUGUUACCUGUCUGUUUUCCUGUCUGUUACCUGUCUGUUUACCUGUCUGUUUACCUGUCUGUUUUCCUGUCUGUUUACCUGUCUGUUACCUGUCUGUUACCUGUCUGUUUACCUGUCUGUUUGCCUGUCUGUUACCUGUCUGUUACCUGUCUGUUUACCUGUCUGUUCACCUGUCUGUUUACCUGUCUGUUUUCCUGUCUGUUACCUGUCUGUUGACCUGUCUGUUUUCCUGUCUGUUUUCCUGUCUGUUACCUGUCUGUUACCUGUCUGUUUACCUGUCUGUUUUCCUGUCUGUUUUCCUGUCUGUUACCUGUCUGUUACCUGUCUGUUUUCCUGUCUGUUACCUGUCUGUUUACCUGUCUGUUUACCUGUCUGUUACCUGUCUGUUACCUGUCUGUUUACCUGUCUGUUUACCUGUCUGUUCACCUGUCUGUUUACCUGUCUGUUACCUGUUUACCUGUCUGUUUACCUGUCUGUUACCUGUCUGUUUACCUGUCUGUUACCUGUCUGUUUACCUGUCUGUUUACCUGUCUGUUACCUGUCUGUUUACCUGUCUGUUACCUGUCUGUUUACCUGUCUGUUACCUGUCUGUUACCUGUCUGUUUACCUGUCUGUUUACCUGUCUGUUCACCUGUGUGUUUUCCUGUCUGUUACCUGUCUGUUACCUGUCUGUUUACCUGUCUGUUUACCUGUCUGUUUACCUGUCUGUUUUCAUGUCUGUUACCUGUCUGUUACCUGUCUGUUUACCUGUCUGUUACCUGUCUGUUACCUGUCUGUUACCUGUCUGUUUUCCUGUCUGUUACCUGUCUGUUUACCUGUCUGUUUACCUGUCUGUUUUCCUGUCUGUUUACCUGUCUGUUACCUGUCGGUUACCUGUCUGUUUACCUGUCUGUUUGCCUGUCUGUUACCUGUCUGUUACCUGUCUGUUAACCUGUCUGUUCACCUGUCUGUUUACCUGUCUGUUUUCCUGUCUGUUACCUGUCUGUUGACCUGUCUGUUUUCCUGUCUGUUUUCCUGUCUGUUACCUGUCUGUUACCUGUCUGUUUACCUGUCUGUUUUCCUGUCUGUUACCUGUCUGUUACCUGUCUGUUUUCCUGUCUGUUACCUGUCUGUUUACCUGUCUGUUACCUGUCUGUUUACCUGUCUGUUACCUGUCUGUUUUCCUGUCUGUUUACCUGUCUGUUUACCUGUCUGUUUACCUGUCUGUUCACCUGUCUGUUUACCUGUCUGUUUACCUGUCUGUUACCUGUCUGUUUACCUGUCUGUUACCUGUCUGUUUACCUGUCUGUUACCUGUCUGUUUACCUGUCUGUUACCUGUCUGUUUACCUGUCUGUUACCUGUCUGUUUACCUGUCUGUUACCUGUCUGUUACCUGUCUGUUUACCUGUCUGUUCACCUGUCUGUUUACCUGUCUGUUCA